ACUUUUCACGGCAGUCUCUCUACCGCUGCGAUCUCGCCCUAGAGCCCAGGAGUCCGCCUCCUCUGUCCGCUUCGGUUUAUCUCUCACCCCGACGCAAGAAUCAUGAAGGUCGCCAGUGGCAGCGCCACGGCCACCGCGGGCCCCAGCUGCGCGCUGAAGGCCGGCAAGACGGCGGGCGGCGCGGGCGAGGUGGUGCGCUGCCUCUCCGAGCAGAGCGUGGCCAUCUCGCGCUGUGCGGGUGGCCCCGGGGCACGCCUGCCUCCCCUACUCGACGAACAGCAGGUGAACGUGCUCCUCUACGACAUGAACGGCUGCUAUUCUCGCCUCAAGGAGCUGGUGCCCACUCUGCCCCAGAACCGCAAGGUGAGCAGGGUGGAGAUCCUCCAGCAUGUCAUCGACUACAUCUGGGACCUGGAGUUGGAGCUGAACUCGGAAUCCCAAGUUGGGACCCAAGGCGGCCGGGGACUCCCCGCCCGGGCUCCGCUCAGCACCCUCAACGGCGAAAUCAGCGCCCUGGCGGCAGAGACAGCAUGUGUUCCAGCGGACGAUCGCAUCUUGUGUCGCUGAAGCGCCGCCCUUGGGGACCUGCGGACCCCAGCCCUCCAGGGGGCGAGAGAAAUCAGUGUUCUCUGGUCCUUCCAAGCACCUCGCCAUAGCUGGGGAGAACAAGACAGAUCGGCGGCUGUUGGGCGCUUGCUAGAUCCAGCCCAGGGCUGGGGGUACUGAUGAGGGCAGGCUGACCCUCCCUUCUCACUCACCAGCCACCAGAGACUUGGGGGAGUUCCCCCCAUGUGUUUCUAUUUUUUGAAAAGCAGACAUUUUAAAAAAUGGUCACGUUUGGUGCUUCUCAGAUUUCUGAGGAAAUUAAUUGCUUUGUAUUGUAUAUUACAAUGAUCACCGACUGAGAAUAUUGUUUUACAAUAGUUCUGUGGGGUGUUUUGUUUUAUUUUUUUGGUUGUUGUUGUUAUUAUUAAACAAAUGCCUUAGAUGUUGGUAAA